UCUCCUCCUGCCUCUCCAGCAGCGCUGCUGCGCUUUACGCUCAGCCGCAUCCAGCCUGGAACAUUCCACAUUUUUUUUAUUUUUGAUUCCGAUAAGACAUUAUUAUGAACAUAUGAAGUGAUCAUUGUGGGACACGGAUGAUUUUUGUUUCGCCGCGUGCUCUUUUUCUCUCUGUUAGUUUCUGCCGCCGAUCACUCAGUGGAAUGAUCUGCCUUUUCUCUCCUGGGUCGUUUCCACUUCAGCAUGGGAACUGCGGUGUCCAGAAGGAAGAGUCUGAGGAGUGAUGCCAUAUCAUCCGUGGCCGCAAAAGUUAGAGCAGCCAGAGCGUUCGGAGAAUACCUGUCCAAUACCAACCCAGAGAACCGCAACGGAGCAGAUCAUCUAUUAUCUGACACCUUCCCCAGUCAGGACUGUGACUCCCCAGACGUCAGCCGCCUGCACAAUAACAAUCUGACACCACAGAGCCACUGCUCACCCAUAGCUAAGCCCACCCAGCCCAGCCAAUCCAACCCCAGUGCUUAUCCACAGUCUCAGGCUCUCCAGACUCAAGCACCUUCGGGCCCCUCCAAACGCCGACUCUCCGCGGAGCGCAGCCUCUCCACAGAGGACCCGCCCGGCGCCAGGGGGCCAGAGGGGGGCGUGGUGGCGAAGCCGGCCAGGGUGUACACCAUCACCAGGCAGGGAGGGAUGACCCUGGGGGGGCGUGGCAGCGAGGAGAGCCUGGAGCUGGAGGUGCUGAAGGGCUCCAGGGAGCAGCCUCUGUCCCAGGCCCCGCCCUCUGCUAGCCAUCACCCGUCCUGCACCAGCCAGCCGUCCGGCACGGCCGCUUGUGGUAGCCAUCACCGUAGUAGUAGUAGCCAUCACCGCAGCAGCAACCCAAACGGCCACCAACAUCACGGGGGCCCGUCGGCGUCAUCGCAGCCGCUGCAGAGCUCGGGCAGCGCUAGCAACAUCCGGGACUGGGGGGUGAGGAGAGGGGGGUCGCGGGACGACUACACCCCAGACUGCGUGACCUGCAUCCGGGCUCCGUGUCAGAGCCAGCGCUCCCUGGACCUGGAGACUUCACCGCAGGAUGGAGGGAAGCCCCGCAAGAAGCUGGAUCGGAUGUACAGCGAGGAGCGAGCGCCGACCGAUGACAGAGAGGACAAUCCUAAUAGCUGGUUCCCCAAAGAGAAUAUGUUCAGCUUUCAGACAGCCACCACCACCAUGCAGGCAAUAUCGGCUUUCCGAGGCAUUGCUGAGAGAAAGAGGCGGAAAAGAGAGCAGGAGGCAGCCACCGUGAUGGAGAGAAACUUCCGUAAACACCUUCGGAUGGUGGGCAGCCGCAGGAUGAAGGUCCAGACAUUUGCCGACCGCCGAGCCAAGAGUUUCAGCCGCUCGUGGAGUGACCCCACCCCCGUCAAGCCUGACUCACUGCAUGACUCCAGAGACAGUGGCGAGCUUCAGACCUCCUCAGGGACUCUAGAUGAAGGGCUGGAUGAGGACGCUGACUGGGAGGAGGAGAGGGAGAUGGAGAGAGCGGCCUGUGAAGGAGAGGACUUCAUCCCUCCUAAAAUCAUGCUGAUAUCCUCCAAGGUCCCAAAGGCUGAAUAUGUUCCCAACAUCAUUCGUAGGGACGACCCCUCCAUCAUCCCUAUUCUCUAUGACCAUGAACACGCCACAUUUGACGACAUCCUUGAGGAGAUAGAGAAGAAGCUGACUGCCUACAGAAAAGGCUGUAAAAUCUGGAACAUGCUCAUUUUCUGCCAGGGAGGUCCAGGACAUCUGUACCUGCUGAAGAAUAAAGUGGCCACCUUUGCAAAGGUGGAGAAGGAAGAAGACAUGAUCCAGUUCUGGCGGCGACUCAGUCGGCUGAUGAGUAAGCUGAACCCGAAGCCCAACCUCAUCCACAUCAUGGGCUGCUACGUGCUGGGGAGCGCCAAUGGAGAAAAGCUGAUUCAGACUCUGAAGAGGCUGAUGAGACCCUCCUCCGUCCAGUUCAAGUCCCCACUGGAGCUGUCUGCAGAGGGUAAAGAGAUGAUAGAGACGUACUUUGACUUCCGUCUGUUCCGUCUGUGGAAAAGCCGUCAGCACUCGAAGCUCCUGGACUACGACGACCUGCUGUGAUUCGACCCGCGCUCCGUUGGCCUGUCGGCCGGAGAUCUCACUUCUAAAGCUGCUGAACGGUGACUGGCCGUUAGCUUGAAGGGCCCCGAGAGGCCCCUAGACGGGCUCUGCGGCAGAGCUGGAGCGGCGAACAGGGUGGCCUGUUCAUUCAGCCAGCGGUCUACUUUUUCUCCCUUAUCCAUUUUUCCUUUCUGCCUAUCUCUCAGAGAAAAAGAGAAAGAGCGGUACAAGAAAAAGGGACUCAUCAUCCUAGCCUAAAUGUGUCAGAAGUCUGGAGUUUAGAGAGGAUGUUAGAUAAAGGAGUGACGGCCGGGCGGAGGAAGUUGUCUGCUCUGUGAAGACGGAGGCUCAUAAGGACGGAAGUCUUUUAUUUUUCAGGUGUGGAAAUGAUUCACAACAGGAUUUAGAGCUUCUGUGUAAAUAAACAAGUGCUUACUGGAGCCUGAGAGAAUAGAUCUCCAGCUCCUCUCUCCAUGCUUUCACUUAGUCUUAUUCCGAUUUAGAGAGCUUUUUUAAAACUCAAACUAAUGUGUUAGUAUUUUGUAAGGACUGUUGAAUUAACUCAGGUUAAAUCCCUUGUUUGAUACUCAGAAUUGUACUCACUAUUGGCAACAAACUGUAGAUCAGAAUGAAGGCCUUGAUCUUCAGGGACGUCAUAUUUUAACGUGUGUGUGAAGAGAGAAGGUUUUCUAUAUUUUCAUAGUCGACUGUAGCCGAACAGACAGAUGUGUCGUCACAUUACAGCUACAUGCUGUCGCUUCACAGCUGCUGAUCCUUUUCAGUGUGUUUGUGUUAGUUGGAGACUCUGACACCAGCCUCUUUACACUGGCAGUGUCUUUAUUACAGUCGCUUAUCUAAGACUUAUCUUGAAUCACUCAAAGUAGCAAUGGAGUGGGGGAGGUUAAUAAUCAUUUCCCUUGGAGGUUUUUUUCUUGGUUUUUUUCUCCUCACCACCAAAUUAUUGCUUAUUAUUCUCUUAAAGGCAGUGAUUGAGCAUUUCAGUGUAGAUCAAAUCAUCUUUCGCUGCAGCUGACGUUUAUUUUGUGCUUAUGUUGAAAAACAGCAACUUAAUACUGCACUUCCAUUAUGAUGCAGAGGUUGAGAUAUCCUGACUUGUAUUCUCCAUCAUUGGUCUAGACGGAAUUGUCCAAAAAGUGAAAGUGAG